AUGACCACCACGGAUGACGAGCACGAGGACCACCAGGCGCGCCAGCGCGUUCCCCGCGACCUCCGCGCCGUGAGCCGCCGCCUCGAUCGUCACCAGGCCGACUCCACCGCCGCCUUCAACACCCUCCAAGGUGAGAUGUCCAAACUCACAGAGAUGAUGGUAAACAUGCAGUCCAAUUUCUCUCGUUUUGCACAUCCAGAGCACAUGAACCACUCGGAUUCCACACACCCGGGCCAAAACCAAACCUUUGUCACACCUUCACCACCAGGACACACCGUCCUCUCUCCGAUCAUGGAAGGACACACACCAGUUCCGAUAAUACCAAACCCAAAACCACCUCCUUUUCCACCAAACCUGGGCAACCUCACACCUGACCAGCUUCCCAUGCUGCCACACUCACAACCUGCUCGACAUAUUGCCCAUACCACCACCACAGCUCCACCAAUCACUUCGACCAUGCCAUCGUCCUCUAGCCAGCCACACUUCUCUCAGACCACUAAUCCUAUCACUCAGCCAUUUGCUUACAACCCACCCAAUAAUCCUUACACUCCGAACUCCCAACAGCCAUACUCACCCUACCCUCCAUAUUACCCACCACCACCACCAUACCCAUACCCACCCCCACAGUACAACCAUUUUCACAACACCAACCCAUAUCCACACACUGAAACAAACAACCACUCCAACCACCAACACAAUGAGCCACACCUACGAACCCCUCAUGUGGAGCUGCCUAUAUUUCAAGGAGAAAAUCCGAGAGCUUGGAUACUUGACUGCGAGGACAUAUUCUCUCUGGUGGGAAUCACAGAAGAUCAGAGAGUGCGUUGGGGACUAGCACAUGUGCGUGGGCAAGCAAAAACCUGGCUUAGCACGUCUGGCUUGAACCUGCAAUCAAUUACUUGGAAAGAGCUCUGUCAGGUGUUACUUGAUCGUUUUCCAGAUACACAGGCUAUUGAUCCAAUGGACCAGCUACAACACUUGAAACAGGUCUCCAGUGUGGACAAUUACAUCAACUCUUAUGAAUCCUGGAUGACAAUGAUGAAGAGAGGCAGAUCAUACCUUCCUCAGGAUUUCUUUGUGGACAGGUUUGUCAGUGGACUGAAAGACAACAUCAAACACAAUGUCUACUGCCAGAAACCAACUACCUUAUUGUCAGCCUAUUGGUAUGCCCGCCAGUACGAGAAAUCUUGUCUAUCCAACACGCGCAGAACACCAGCUCCAAUACCUGCAGUGUACCCUCCAGUUCGUCAACAAGUGGUCAGAGACAACAGGCAAAGACCUGCACCAGACAGACCAAGGGAACCACGUAAAUGUUGGUACUGCACUGAUAAUUGGGUGCCUGGUCACCGCUGCCAAACUAUGCAAAGGGCACUGAAUGCAAUUCAAAUGCAAGGAAAUUCAGACGAGGAAUUGGAUAUCGAACCAGCCCCAGAGGUGUUACCAGUGAUGAACCAAGAGGCACCAGAACAGCAACAACCACCUGAACAACUGAUGCACAUUUCAGCCGCUGCUUACAAUGGUUCUCCUAGUGAUUCAACCAUCUCCCUAUUGCUCACUAUGAAAGGAUCCAAUGCCAUUGCCUUAGCAGAUACGGGUAGUACUAGCACAUUCCUGGAUUACAAUUAUGCAUUCAAACAUAACAUUCCUAUGACACCAACCAAGGCAAGAACAGUCACUGUUGCUGGAGGUGGUGUACUGCUGUCAGAAGCAAUUGCUUACAAUUGCAAAUUUACAAUCCAGGGACAUUCCUUUACUGCUGAUUUCCGAAUACUUCCACUAAAAGGAUCAGAAGCAAUUCUAGGAGUCAAUUGGUUCAAGAACCACAAUCCUGUUACUUUCGAUUUCUUGGCAAGGACAGUAACCUUAAGUAACAAAGGUUCCCUGUGCACUUUUGCUGAUCACUUGGUGCCUGCCCAGAACCUGCUCAUUUCAGCAGAAGAAUGUUCCAAGUUGUUGGCACAUCAAGCAACUGGAUACAUGCUUUACUACCUGACAGACACAUCAGAGAACAAGGCGGAGCAGCCAGACAGUGAUACUCCAGUACCACUACAAAGUAUCCUGGAUCAAUUUUCUGAUAUUUUCUUAGAACCAACGGGUUUACCUCCUCACCGAGCUGCUGAUCACAGCAUACCCCUGAUUCCAGGAGCAAAACCACCAAAUAUUCGGCCCUACAGGAUGUCCCACAGCCAAAAGAAUACAAUUGAAACAAUUAUACGGCAGAUGCUAAAAAAUUCUGAAAUUCGAGCCAACACAAGUCCCUUCUCUUCUCCUGUGAUCUUAGUCAGGAAAAAGGAUAAGUCGUGGCGAUUAUGUGUGGACUUUAGGAGUUUGAAUGAACUCACAGUCAAGAACAAAUUCCCAAUUCCAGUAAUCGAGGACCUUUUGGAUGAAUUGCAUGGGGCAACUAUUUUCUCCAAGCUGGACUUGAGAUCUGGUUAUCAUCAAAUCCGAAUGAGAGAGGAAGACAUCCACAAAACUGCCUUCUCCACACACCUCGGCCAUUAUGAAUACAAAGUCAUGCCCUUCGGUUUGAGUAAUGCCCCAGCUACCUUCCAGGAAUUGAUGAACUCCAUUUUUUCCCAACACCUGAGACAUUUUGUUCUUGUGUUCUUUGAUGACAUCUUGGUAUACAGCAAGAGCAUGGCUGAGCACAAAACACACCUGACCGAUGUGAUGCAAAUUCUCAAAAACCAUGAUCUCAAGGCCAAACUCAGCAAGUGCACCUUUGGCCAACCACAGGUGGAAUACUUGGGGCAUAUCAUUUCAGGUCUUGGAGUAGCUACCAAUCCUAACAAAAUCAAGGACAUUAGCAACUGGGAAACUCCUACCACUAUCAAGAAAUUAAGAGGAUUUCUUGGCCUAACGGGGUAUUACAGAAGAUUCAUCCAGAACUAUGCAAGCAUUUGUCAACCUUUAUAUCUUGCCCUCAAGAAAGACAACUUCCAGUGGGGUACACAGCAAGAGGCAGCAUUCAAACAACUCAAGAAAAUCAUGUCCACUCCACCAGUCCUUAGCCUGCCGGAUUUCACUCAACCUUUCAUAUUGGAAACGGAUGCGUGUCAUAUAGGGCUGGGAGCUGUCCUCAUGCAAGCAGGAAAGCCACUUGCAUUCUUCAGUCAAAGUUUGGGUCCUAAAGCAAGUGCUUAG